CCACAGAAGGGGUGGCCACGUAGAGGGUCUCCUCCUCCCGUGGCCGUGACAAGCGGCAGUGAGUCCAGCCCGCCCGCAGCUGCAUGGGCGCGGACCGCGGCGGCGGCUCCCGGGGGCGGCAUCCCCCGACCUGCCCCCCCACCUCCGCGUGGCCCCCUCCCCCUUCGCCCGGGCCCCCUCCCCCUCCAGCUGCCAGAGAGGGAAGGAGAAGGACAGAAAGCCCACGGCGCCGCAGCCUCGGCGGGAGACGGCCCGCAGUUACACACCCAGAAGGAGGCCGUCCAUGUCAAAGAGCAGAUCCUGGAGCUGCGGAGCAUGCUCAGAUCGAGUCCCCACGGAGACGUUUUCGCGGCCCUCCAUUCAUUGCUUCUGCUGGAGCUGCAGGGAGGGGGGAAGGGCAGAAGAGGAAGAUGCUAGGGAAGUGGAGCCUCAAGCUGGAAUCAUGGUGUGCCCUGCGGCCAGCCAGUGGGGCAUGGGCAUACACCAGGCUGGUUUGGGUGGCAAGGAGGAAACGUCUGGGUUAUUUUAGAUAUGAUUUAUUGAAGACAGAUCUGAAGUCUCCCGCACUGCUGUCUUCUGUACCAGGCUUCAUCAUGAGUGUCAAGAAGAUGAAGAUGCUUUUACUUCUGAUGUUGUUCUAUGGCAGUGUCAGCAGCGACGCAGUUUCAAAGCCCAACAUUAUUAUAGCAAUGGCAGACGACCUUGGCAUUGGAGAUCCUGGAUGCUAUGGAAACACAACACUAAGAACUCCUAAUAUUGACAGGAUAGCCAAAGGAGGAGUGAAAUUUACUCAGCACUUAGCUGCAUCUCCACUGUGUACCCCAAGUAGAGCAGCUUUCCUGACAGGCCGUUACCCUAUCCGAUCAGGGAUGGCUUCACGCUCUAAGGUUGGAGUGUUCCUAUUUUCAGCUUCCUCAGGUGGACUGCCUGCAAAUGAAAUCACUUUUGCCAAGCUUUUGAAGAGCCAAGGCUAUUCUACAGCCCUGAUAGGAAAGUGGCAUCUUGGGAUAAACUGUAACAGCAGAGAUGACUUCUGUCACCACCCUUUAAAUCAUGGUUUUGAUCACUUCUAUGGACUUCCAGUGACCAAUUUGAGAGAUUGCAAGCCAGGAUCAGGCACCGUAUUUACCACAGCCAUUCAUAUGUUCGUUUUCAUUCCCCUGCAAAUUGUUGGCAUCGCCCUUGUCACUUUGGAGGCGCUCAAUUGCCUCGGCCUGUUUCGACUCCCUCACUGGGUAUUCUUUUCCUGUCUUUUAUUAGCAGCCACUAUAAUUGGACUCUUAGCCUGUUUCCUUCAUUUUUUCCGACCUUUAAACUGCAUCUUGAUGAGGAACCAUGAGGUUGUCCAACAGCCAAUGUCUUACGAAAAUCUCACUCAGAGGUUGACCAGGGAAGCUCUCAAGUUCAUAAACAGGAACACCGGGACGCCCUUCCUUCUUUUCUUAUCCUACAUUCACGUUCACACUGCACUUUUUUCUGCGAAGGAGUUUGUGGGCAAGAGCAAACAUGGCAUGUAUGGGGAUGCUGUGGAAGAAAUGGAUUGGAGUAUAGGGCAGAUCUUAAAAGCUCUAGAUAAGAAGAAAUUGACAAAUAAGACAGUUGUGUACUUUACCUCUGACCAAGGAGCUCACAUUGAAGAAGUGACCGACAAAGGAGACAUCCAUGGAGGGAGUAAUGGAAUUUAUAAAGGUGGAAAAGCUAAUAACUGGGAAGGAGGUAUCCGGAUUCCAGGACUUCUUCGCUGGCCAGGAGUGCUACAGCCUGGAACAGUGAUCGAUGAGCCCACUAGUAACAUGGAUCUGUUCCCAACCAUUGUCAAACUUGCAGGAGCAACAUUGCCUGAUGACAGAGUUAUUGAUGGACGUGAUCUCAUGCCCUUGCUUCAAGGAAAAGUCCUCCAAUCUGAGCAUGAGUUUCUCUUCCAUUACUGUAAUGCGUACUUAAAUGCAGUGCGUUGGCAUCCAAGAAACAGCACAUCUAUUUGGAAGGCUUUUUUCUUCACACCAAAGUUUAAACCAGAUGAUUCCAAUGGCUGUUUUCCAACCCAUGUGUGCUUUUGCAAUGGGCAUUAUGUCAUGCGUCAUAAUCCACCCCUACUCUUUGAUAUCUCCAAAGACCCCAAGGAGAGACAUCCAUUAACUUCAAAAACCGAAAAUCAUUUUCAUGAAAUUCUAAGAGUCAUGCAGGAAGCAGCAGACAACCAUACGAAGACACUCAGUGCUGUUCCCAAUCAGUUAUCUUGGGGGAACCUUCUUUGGAAACCCUGGCUUCAGUUGUGUUGCUCCUCUUCUUAUCUCUCCUGUCAUUGUGAUCGGGAAGCAAAAGGUAGAGGUAAAGGUGUCAGACUGUAACAACAAGAUAAGUAAAGACUCUUUCAUGGAUGAAUAAUCUUUAUUUGAAAAUUCAAAACUUGCAGUUCUGUUAAUUAACCCAAUUGUAGCUAAUAAGCCCUGGCAGAUGCAAUCAUUGUACUCCCCUUGAUACUCUUGGCAUGGUGUACUUUCUGUGACCUGAAGGAUUGAUUGUAGGAUGCAUAAUAACUCAAAUAAAACUUUAGAGUUUGCUCUGUUGAGAAGGAAGAACAAUGGACCUAACUUGUAGGACCAAUAUGACUGAGUUGGUUGGUGAGGUGGAUUGGGAAGUGUGGGGAUAAAGGAGGAGUCUGAGUAAGUGUACAUAACACUUGUGCUAAUAAUCAGGCUUUACAAAAGCUCCAAAGAGAAUCCUCCCUUGUUCUUGAACUUCCUAUGAAGUCAUCUAUUCCAUGACUUGGAGCUGGACAGAGGGCCUGGCAAUGACCACCUAUGAUUGACAGAUAUUUGCAUUAAGGAAGAAAAUGUAAAUCAAGAAAGAAAUUGCUCAUAAAAGUGUUUAAAAACAAGCCACUUAUAAUUUGUAUAAAGAAUACCCCUUGUACCAGUGGUAAAUAAUUUGAUUUUUCCCUUCGUAGAUGAGAAUUAUUGUUGUUCAUGAUAAGUGUUAUUGAACACGUUAAGUGAAAUGUACAAGUCAUUUAAAACCAACUUCAGAACUCUAGAAAGUUAACAGAUGCAAAUGUGUACAGUGGAAACUUGCUAGGAAGUAUAAAUUCAUUAGCUUGCUCUGUAUUUCACAGGAGAGCCGUGCCAUGGAACUGACUUAUAGAUAAGGCUACCUUUUAAUAAGGUUCAUUUGAUACUUUGGUAGCUUAUUCCCCAUGACUGACCCACCCUAUACAGAAUUCUACUCUGAGAUUCAUAGUGAUGUUCUAAUAGAGUUCCUUUUGUAAUUAAAAAUUGAGAAGUUAAAAAAAAAGGGAGCGUUGGGAGAAGGCACUCAAUAUACAGACUUCCAGUAUGAUUCAACAUGUCACUUUAUGGAAGCUUAUUAAAUUGUUGUUUAAUCUCGCAAUGAAA